AUGUCGUAUAUUUCAGACAUUCUUAAGCAUGGUGAGGCAGCUAACCUUUCUAGUGCGGAGAUUGGCCGUCUUGUUCAGCUAGCCACGGAGCGAGAAGACCGUGCAUUCGCGGAAAAAGAGAGGGCGGAUUGCGAGGAACGUGUUAAGGAGCGUGCUCAUGAAUUAGCUUUGGCUGAGGGGCAAAAACCAGCCCUUGUUUCGGGUACUUCUAGGCCCUUGGAAGAGGCGACUAGACCACGUGUUCCCCCAUUUACUGACGGUGAUUCUUACCUGACUAGAUUUGGGAAAGUGGCUCAGUUUCACCAUUGGAGAGACGAGGACUUGGCGCUACAUUUGUGCUCCUUGUUAAAAGGUAAGGCUCUAAAAGUUUAUGUUGGGUUGCCGCCGGAGAUUUCGGAGAGUUACCCAGACCUUAAGGUUGCCCUUUUAAAAGCCUUUCACGCAGAUGCGGAUUCUUAUCGCAGGCAGUUCAGGAAUUUAAAAGCUCAGUGUGAGGAGUCAUGCUUGCAAUUUUUGUCUAGGCUUGAACUGACCUUGAAGCGGUGGCUGGCUUUGUCAGAGGUUGCUGAGGAUUACAAAUCUUUAUUUGAUUUUGUAGUACGGGACCAGUUUCUGAAUAGUUGCACCCCUGAUGUACAAGUGUUUCCGAAGGAGAAGGGCAGUAUUUCCAAUGCUGACUUAGCAAAGGCUGCGGAUGUUUAUAGAGCUGCCCAUGGCACGAAGUACGUCAAACCACUUAAAUGGGAUGGUAAGAGUGACAUCACUAAAAGUACGGUGGGUAACAAUAAUGAUAGUUUUCCUAAGGGUCAGUAUACCCCUAAGUGUUAUCUAUGUGGUAAACUUGGGCACAAGAAACCAGAAUGCCCUGAACUAGCUACAAAAAGUGGGUCGAAGGUAAGUUUUGUGUUUGGUGCAGAAUGCAAACCUGACGGCGCUGUGGUAGACCCCAACGGCUCGGUUAAUGACCAACGAGCCGACACGGGCUGCUCAACAGUGAUGAUUCAUCCAAAGUUUCUUCAUGCAGGUGUAAGACAGGGACCCCACUGCACUGUGUACGACUAUUUAUUUGGGACGUCCUCAGUGAUUCCCUACGGUGGUAGUUCAACUGAGGUGCAAAUUCUUCUCUGGAUCGGUUCGUGCAGGUGA